UUCCCUUCUUCACACAAGUAGUACCAUAUUCUUGGGAGAUACAAAUUUUCCUGAAGGCAGAGACAAUUCAGCAGCAUGUCCUUCUGGUCCAAAAUUGUCCUGUGAAUGUUCCAGCUGAUCCCAGGUGGCUGCUAGAUCUUCUAAAAAAUUUGUCCUUUUGUUCUAUGCUCAUUGCUAAAAUCCCUAUUCAUUCUUAGAUGAGGUUUUUGUACAAUUCAUGAAAUCUGUUCAUCUUCUAGAUAUUUUAGGAAUAUACACUGAUAAAAAGAAGAAGAAGAAGAAGAAGAAGAAGAAGAAGAAGAAGAAGAAGAAGAAGAAGAAGAAGAAGAAGAAGAAGAAGAAGAAGAAGAAGAAGAAGAAGAAGAAGAAGAAGAAGAAGAAGAAGAAACUAACCAGUGUUGCCACCACAGAUAUUACCAGUGUGACUAGCAGAGACCUCAGUAUCAUUGGCCAUCUCCCCCAAGGAAGGCACUCAGUAGCUCCUCAAUAAAAACCUGAUUUGGGCCCUGAAGACUCUACAUGUGCUGAAAGGUUCAAGGUCCAGGGAUUACAGGUAUGCAAUGGAAAGGGCUGUCCUCUUUGAAUCCCUACCA